UUCAAACUGCCCAAGCUGCGCCUGAACGUGCCAGACCUCGCCCACCCAGGCGCCUCCCGCCUCCUAUCCGCCAUCGACACCUCGGCCAUCCUAGCCGAGAGCGUACAGACCGUGCUGCGCCUGCUCUACCAGAAACCCUCGCCCAGCGUACCCGGCACCCGCUCCGUCACGCUCUACCUGGAGGACAUGGGUGGUGUGGCGUACACCAAGGGCUCCGACCUCGACGACGACCACAAGGAGAUCCACUUCUCCCUCCGCUACAUCCACGGCAUCAAAAAGGCCCCCGAGGGCGCCAAGGGCGAUACCACCGGCGCCUACGAGAUCCGCGGCGUGCUGGUGCACGAGCUGGUGCACUGCUUCCAGUACAACGGCCGCGGCACUUGUCCCGGCGGACUGAUCGAGGGCAUCGCGGACUGGGUCCGUCUCAAGGCGCACUUGGGAGCCCCGCACUGGAAGCGGGACAGCCUCCCUGAGCGUUGGGACCAAGGCUAUGAGAAGACGGCUUAUUUUCUGGAGUGGCUCGAGGCGCAGUAUGGCGAGGGGACGGUCAGGCGGGUCAAUGAGACUCUGAGGACGGAGAAAUACGACAAGGACCAGUUCUGGAAUGACCUGUUUGGGGCCGGUAUCGAUACUCUUUGGCAAGACUAUAAGAAA